GGAGUAUCAUGAUAACCAGUACAAGCGUAGCUGCCCCUCCAUCAACCUUUGACUCAUUUUCCAAAAAUUAAAACCGACAUGAGCACUUCCAAGUUCACCAUCACAAAAUCUCCGACAACAGCGCGAAUUGAACUGCCAUGUCGCAAAAUAAAGCCGCGCGAGGCGGUGCCGCGACAAAAGGAAAAAAAUCAAGCAAGCCAGGAGCUGAAGACAAGAGAGAAGAUGUUCUUCAAGCGGUGCUCAUAGCAGAUUCCUUUCAGACCAGGUUCCUCCCAUUUUCUGUAGAGAGGCCAAGAUGUCUCCUCCCACUUGCCAAUAUACCUCUCAUCGAGUACACCCUCGAGUUCCUCGCCAUGAACGGCGUGCAGGAAGUCUUUAUAUACUGUGGAGCCCAUCAUGAUCAGAUCGAGCGAUACGUCCACGACUCGAGAUGGUCCCCUAACUCAAGGUCCUGUCCGUUCUCUAGCCUCGAAUUUAUCCGUGUUGCCGAUGCUAGGUCUAUCGGCGAUUUUCUUCGAGAUCUAGACAAGCGCAACAUCAUUGGAGGGGACUUCGUACUGGUACAUGGGGAUCUUGUUUCCAAUAUUUCCCUUGAUGCAGCUUUGGCAGCGCACAGGGCUCGCCGGGAAGCGAAUCGAGACUCGUGUAUGACUCUGGUGCUGCGAGAAGCUGGUGAAGGAGAGCACAAUACUAAGACCAAGGGGCUAACGCCGGCAUUUAUAAUCGACCCGAACGCCAAGCGAUGCUUACACUACGAAGAGAUACACCCCUUACAGACUGAUCGCUACGUUACCCUCGAUCCUAGCAUACUUGAGAACCGCGAAGCAGAAGCCCGGACAGACCUGAUUGAUGCCGAGAUUGACAUAUGUACACCAGAUGUGCUCGCCUUAUGGUCCGAAAGUUUCGACUACGAACUCCCCCGGGCCAACUUUCUCCAUGGCGUACUGAAGGACUGGGAGCUGAACGGGAAGAUGAUCCACACCGAAAUUGUUAACGAGGGCUACAGCGCGCGUGCUAAGAACCUUCAGAUGUACGAUGCGAUUAGUCGGGACAUAUUGAGUGGCUGGACCUAUCCAUUUACACCUGAAUGCAAUCUCCUACCGGGUCACUCUUAUCAAUCACAAGGCGACAGUGUGUAUCAGGAGGAUGAUGUCGAAAUUGAGUCUGGAAGCGAAGUAUUCGAUUCAGUCCUCGGAAAGGAGACUCAUGUUGGGUCCGGGAGCGUUAUACAAAACAGCAUCAUUGGCCGAAACUGCAAAAUUGGUAGCAACGUCCGAAUUACUAACAGCUUCAUAUGGGAUGAUACUACGGUUAAUGAUGAGGCUGUAGUAGAACAUGCGAUUAUAGCUGAGAGAGUAGUGUUGGGUAAGAAAGCCUUCAUCCAUGAAGGCGUGCUGGUAUCGUUUGGGGUUCACUUGGGUGAUGGUACGGACGUCAAGCCUGCUACGAUGUUAUCCCUUCUUUCUUGUGGUGGACAGCUCGUAUCGGCACAGCCCGAAUUCGUUGGUUCUGGUGGCAAGGGGGCACUCUUUGAGGAUCUCGAAGAUGAUGAGACAGAUGUUGAUGAUCCGUCGAGAUUGCAAAAAUCACUUAUAUACUCUCUCGAAGAUCUUGACCUCUCCGAUUCUUCUGUCUCGACACUCGCGGAUGACGAUGAUUUGUCUGACGAUGGGUCGGGUCCAAUAUCGCCCAGCGCUAGUCACCCCACCUCGAGAUCGCGACUUUCCUCCUUCGCUUCCGAUGAUUCAGGAGGCCAGACAUUUUCCUCCUUUCACUCAGACGCUGUUCAUGGGCUGCUGGAUGUUCUCCGCGGGAUAUCGGGUAACUUUGAAUCAGAGAAACUUGAGUUCAUGUCACUACGACUUGCCAACAAUGCGUCUGAUGCCGCUAUGAGGAAGGCGGUUGCGACGGCCUUCGUUCGUCGCGCGGUCGAGCUUAUAAAUUCCGAGAAUGAUGCUUUGGAACCGUCAAAAGCUGCUAAGCAGGUACUCACCUCACGAGAGGGUGCUACGAAUUUCGUCUUAGAGGUUGGCGUUGGUGAUCAUUCCGUAUCAGAACAAGUCGAAUUCGCGCUGGCGGUGCAGAAAGCGUGCGUGAGUAGUUCCAGAUUUGUUGAAGUUGCCAAAACUGGCAACCUCCUUGCUGCUAUGCUGCAGCAGAUGUACGAUCUUGAUAUCCUCGAAGAAGAGGGUAUCCUAGGUUGGUGGGAAGACGAUAGGGGUAAGGAGGACGGCUUGAUGUCGGAGGUACGGGAAAAAUGCCAGGCACUAGUUGAGUGGCUUGAAAACGCCGACGAAGAAAGCGACGAGGAAGAAGACGACGACGAUGAGUGAUGGACAUAAUCAUAAUGCCAUCAUAAUGCCAUCAUAAUGCCAUCAUAAUGCCAUCAUAAUACCAUGUGAGACGAGUUGGGCCGACGCCCUUUUUAUCCUCACGCUGAAAUACCUUACGGCACCAACAGUAUGCUAUACUAAGCGACGGGGUUCCUGCCUGGGACUUCCCGCCGCCCUCGGCAUCACCACAUUAGCUUUGGGGGUAAUCAUGAAUCCUACGAGGAUAUGGUUUGGGCUCAUGCGGGGUAAUGCCAGGGGGUUCAUAAGGGGUUCAGGAUUGCGUUGAAAUAUAUGCAUGGGAUGAUUAGUAGCGAGCUGCUAUCGGCAGUCAUAGUAAGAAUUUGGCAUAGGGUUCUUCUAUUCUGAACAUAGAUCGAGCCAUAAUGAGAAUAGAACAGUAAAAUUGCAAACUUAUUACCUCAAGUACCUAAGUAACUUGGGUGACGUGUAGGUACGUUGUGAUUUUUGAUUGAGCUUGAAUGUUCCGAGCUUGGGAAUGUUCUAUGCUAUUGGCGGGGGUUUUAGUUUUAGAUGUUAGCACUUUAAGUUGGUACGCGUUAUGCGAUUAACACGAAGACGCGUCUUGACGCGCUUACUUCUAAUCUUUCAAUUAAACAAUUAGUUAAACAAUUAAACUUGC